AUGCCUACAAAGGGAGGUUGGCCAUUAAUCACGGGAAGAAUGAUGCCGGUGCUGAUUUCUGUAUUAAUCGUAGGAAUCAGUAGUAUACUGGUGAUCCAUAAGCCAUGGACUGAAAAAGAAAUGAGCCAUUCACGAAAGGUUCGUUCGGCGGUCAUGCAUCAGUGUAUGGAUGCUAACUUGAAGAAUGCGGAUUUUCCGUCUCCGCCGAUUUCUUUUGAAGAUUAUAAAAAGUGGUACUCUUUUUCUCUUUCUCAUAAUUCCGAAUUUUGGGGGAAAAUGGGGCGAGACCUUUUAUAUUGGAAUAAGCCAUUUACUAAAGUAUUGGGGCAAGGCGGGGCAUAUUCUUUCAAUGGAUCUACCGAGUUUUCAAAUAAAAACGCCUCUGUUUCCUUUCAAGACAAACAGGAAAAUCAGCAAGAUCCCUCCAAAAAUCUUUGUGCUGACGCAACAAAAUUUGAACAAAUUACUUGGUUUGAAGAUGGAGAGCUUAACAUAUGCUAUAAUGUCCUUGAUGUUCACGCCCAUUCUAAUGCCGAUAAAAUUGCCCUGAUUUGGGAGGCGGACGAGCCAAAUACCGGGGUAUCGAUAACUUUCGGCGAGCUAUUGGCCCAAGUUUGCCAACUGUCCAAUUUGAUAUCUCGAAAAUUUCCUUAUCUAAAGCCAGGCAUUGAUGUUGUCACCAUAUACAUGUCCAUGGUUCCCCAGGCUGUUGUUGCCAUGUUGGCCUGCGCUCGACUUGGUCUUAUACAUAAUGUCGUUUUCGCCGGAUUCAGUGCCGAAGCACUUGCAGAACGAAUCUCAGAUGCCAAUUCGCAACUUGUCAUUACAACCGAUUUUGGUCUGCGCGGAAAUCGCCGGAUUGCAACCAAAGAUACCGUCGAUUUGGCCCUUUCUUUUUUGCCACCAGGUUUGGUGAAGCAUGUUUUGGUUGCUCAAAGAAACAUUUCCAACGCUGCCAGUUGUAAUUUAAUUGAUGGGAGGGAUUUGCUAUGGAAUGAUGUGGUUCCUUUGGAAGAAAAAACAUUUACCCCAAGAUCGGUGUGCAGUGAACACCCGCUCUUUGUUCUAUAUACUUCCGGAAGUACUGGAAAACCAAAGGGUGUUUUACAUACUUCUGCUGGGUACCUUUUGUAUGCUAAACUCACUGCAAAGUAUGUUUUCGACCUGCAAAAGGAUGAUGUUUUUGGGUGUAUGGCGGACAUUGGGUGGAUCACUGGACACUCGUAUGUGGUUUAUGGGCCUUUAUCAAACGGGGUCACACAUCCCGACAUAUCCGACGCCAUCUCGCUACUGGUUUGGAUUGUUGCUGAUUUAUUUUGUAGGCAAAUGGCCGAAAAGCAUCGCCUCACGCAACUUUAUACGGCCCCUACCGUCAUUCGUCUAUUGAAAGCACACGGUGAUAAACAUAUUGAAGGAUAUGAUCUGUCAUCUCUUAAGAUCCUUGGCAGUGUUGGAGAGCCGAUCCACGCAGAUACUUGGCAAUGGUUUUACGAUGUCGUUGGAAAGGGAAAAUGCACCCUUGUCGAUACAUAUUGGCAAACGGAAACAGGGGGCAUUGUAAUUACCGCGCUACCUGGGGGAAUGCCCGUGAUGCCAGGAUCUGCCUCUCUUCCAUUCUUUGGAAUUGAGCCAACUUUAAUGAGUAGCUCGAGUGAGGAAACCAAUCACAAUGGCGGUUGUUCUGAAAAAGUCGAGUCCGGCAUACUCACGUUUGCCCGCCCUUGGCCAGGGAUGGCUCGCACUGUUCUGAACGACUACUCAAGAUAUCUUUCGGCUUAUUUGAAGCCGUAUCCUGGGUAUUUCUUUACCGGCGAUGGAGCGAAUAAGGAGAGCUCGAAUGGGCUAUUCAUUCUAACAGGACGAGUUGACGAUGUCAUCAAUGUGUCCGGGCACAGGCUUUCAUCCCGUGAAAUCGAAAGUGCUCUAAUGAAGCACUAUUGUGUGUCCGAGUCUGCAGUCAUUGGAGAAGAAGAUCCAAUCACCGGCCAAUCGAUUACAGUUGUCGUCGGCUUAAAAGCAUAUCCACAAAAACCAACCAUCGAGGCGGAACUGAAAGAUGUGGUCCGGAAAGCAAUUGGGCCCAUUGCGACGCCGAAAUGCGUCGUUGUACUUUCAGAAUCUUCCUUGACAUCUGCAGGCGGGCUUCCCAAAACUCGAUCUGGCAAAAUUAUGAGAAGGGUUUUAAGGAUUAUCCUGCACGAAUGCAGAUCUUGGCAUGCCUCGCACGAAAAGCUUCUUCAAAAGCAGGCUGAUUUUUUGGCCUCGUUCUAUUCCCAUUUGUAUCAGAGAUUGGGGGACUUGUCGACACUAAACAAUCCCAGGUAUUUGAUGGCACAUGCAAUUUAA